UUCGACAACUCCGACGCGGAUAAUUACGCACGAGUGAUCGAGAUGCUCUUCCAAUUUUCUCUCCUGUGGUCUGUAUGCUGUGUGGUGGACGAGGAUGGACGAAAGAAAGUGGACUCCUUCGUGCGUGAAUUGGACGGCAGUUUUCCCAACAAGGACUCUAUCUAUGAGUACUUUGUGGACACCAAGACGCGCACUUGGAUCCACUGGGAGGAGAAACUCCGUGGUGGCUGGAAGUAUCAACCGAGCAUGCCCUUCUUCAAGAUCCUGGUUCCAACCGUGGACACUGUUCGCUACAAGUUCCUGGUCAACACACUCGUCGCCAAAUUCUGUCCUGUGCUCAUAACUGGACCCGUGGGCACUGGCAAAACCUCCGUGGCACAAGAUGUGCUCUUUAGUCUUGAUCGGGAGGCCUGGUCCUUUUUGACAAUCAACAUGUCUGCUCAGGUGCAUGACGAUGAUGAUGAUGAUGAUGAUGAUGAUGAUGAUGAUGAUGAUGAUGUUGAGGAUGAUGAUGAUGAUGAUGAUGAUGAUGAUGAUGAUGAUGAUGAUGAUGAUGCUGAGGAUGAUGAUGGUGAGGAUGAUGAUGAUGAUGGUGGUGUUGAUUAUAUUUAUGAUGACGAUAAUGAUGAUGAUGAUGAUGAUGAUGAUGAUGAUGAUGAUGAUGAUGAUGGUUAA